GCUUGCCGGGUGGCAAAGGGCUUAACACCAUUGCACCAGCAAACGGGGUUUAGUUACAACAAGGCAGGACAGCUCAAGCAGGCACAGGGGUUUGAGGUUUGCGAUCUGAAUUUCUCCUCAUCGUGGUCCCUGGAGUCCAGCAGUGAGAAGGAAGUGACAGGGUGCAAAGCAGAGUUGAACAUCAAGAGCCAGACUGUCUCGCCAGCACUUCCUCGUGGUGGGAAGAUGGGGCAGCAAAGUGGAAGGCGGUGCCCAACCCGCAGUCAUGGGCACCACAGUAGAUUUGUGAGCCGUAGCAUGGAGACAGUUGUGGUGCCUGAAGAUGAAAGACACCAUCCCACCUGCUCUUUCAAGAGCAGAAGCCUGGAACGCUCACUUAUGUUUAAAGAGCCUCCUGAAGUGCUGACACCAAGGAAGUUUCAGGUCUCCUCUACCCACCUGCCUCUCAAAGGAAUCCUGAAGCAGACCAACACAGGAGGCCCGUGCCCUGAGAGCUUGCGCAAGUCCCAGUCAGUGGAGACGCUUUCCCGUGGCCGCAGCUCGCGCAAGUACAGUGAUCCUCAGCUCUGCCUCAGCCCACAGGAGAAGCAGUCACUGGAGCACAGCAGCAGCAGUGCCGCUGGCUCUGUCAAGCGCAGGGAAAAGAUCACAGAGGAAAAACUGCAGUUCUCCAAAUUCCUGGAUGAGAUUACCCAGCGGGUGCUGAGUCCUAUCCGCUUGCGUUCACUGCGAGAGACCAGGGGAGCAGAACAAGACCAGAACUUUACCCUUCUCCCCAGAUCUGUGCCAGAAGGCCAAGGGGUUAAAACCAAGCGCGUAGCUGAAAGAUCCCCCUGCCUGAGGAGAAGAAAAGCAGAAAUUAAAUGUGAAGAGCUGGGAAUGGCUUCAUGCCAGAGAAAGUGUUCUGAGGAGGCUGAGAGAGCUUCCAGACUAAGAAAGAAACCUGCCCUUGGGAGGAAAGACAGUAAGGGAAAACUCCUUUCCGUAGAGAGGAGGGUAGUAGAUCUGUGUCAGUAUGAGCUGAAGCAGCUGGCAGACCUGGGGCUGGGAGGAACAUCCUCCAGGCAGCAGCACUCACUAUCUUCUUGGAAAAGCAGUGCAGAGGGCAGAAGGGAUGAAAGCAGUCCUCGUUCACAGCUACUCCAGCCACACCAUCUGUGUGCUAAACUUGGGCAGAAGAGUGCAGUGGAGCCGAACUAUUCAGAGAAAGGAUCCUUCUCCACUCCAACAUGCUGGAGUCAGGAGGAAGGGCCUGCCCCAUCUAAAGCCUCCCCUUCCCUGAGCCUUGCACUAAACAAGGAACCCUUGACGGAUGCAGAAAGGAUGAAGCUAUUGCAGCAUGAGAAUGAGGAGCUGCGCCGCCGGCUGACGUAUGUGACUAACAAAAUGGAGGCGAUGGAGAGGGAGCUGGAGUCUGGUCAGGACUACCUGGAGAUGGAGCUGGGCCAGAACCGUGAGGAGCUGGAGAAAUUCAAGGACAAAUUCCGUAGGUUGCAAAACAGCUACACUGCUUCCCAGAGAACCAACCAGGACCUGGAGGAGAAGCUGCAUGCCCUGGCCUCUCUCAGCCAAAGCUGGAUUUUUGCAAUUAAAAAGGCAGAGAUGGACCGCAAGACACUGGACUGGGAGAUUGUAGAGCUCACUAAUAAAUUGCUUGAUGCCAAAACCACCAUCAAUAAACUGGAGGAACUCAAUGAGCGCUAUCGACAGGACUGUAACCUUGCAGUACAGCUGUUGAAGUGUAACAAGUCCCACUUCAGGAACCACAAGUUUGCUGAUCUUCCCUAUGAGCUGCAGGACAUGGUCAAUAAGCAUUUGCACAGCACUCAGGAGUCCGCAGGCCCUGGUCAAGAAGCAACCCAUACAUUGGCUCCAUCUGAUGUUGUUCCCACCUCGGUCAUUGCCAGAGUCUUGGAGAAACCAGAAUCUCUGGUUCUGAAUUCAGCCAAGUCUGGCAGUGGCAGCUGUCCCAUGGCUGAGGAUGUCUUUGUGCACGUGGACAUGAGUGGUACGCCUCCUGAUGCCUGCAGCAGUGCAGGACAGUUGGGGAAGGAGGGAGGAGAUGCAGGAAAACAGCAGAAUGGUGGCUGCAAGCCUCAGAGCAGUGUGGAGAGUGUACCAGAGGAGGUGCCUGCCUUUGAGAAGCUAAGCCCAUACCCUACACCAUCCCCUCCCCAUCCGAUGUACCCUGGUCGCAAAGUGAUUGAGUUCUCUGAAGACAAGGUAAGGAUCCCAAAGAACAGCCCCCUGCCCAACUGCACGUACGCUACGCGCCAGGCCAUCUCCCUCAGCCUGGUGCAGAGUGAAGACGAGAGCUGUGACAGGCAGCGAACGCUCCCCAACAGCCCUGCCUCAGAAGGGCGCCGUUCGGCCUCCAGCUGCUCCUGCCAGCAGUCGCCCAAAGCCGCCCGGCCCCACGGCUCUUCCCAGAGCAGCCCCUUCAGCAGCCCCCCCCAGAUCCCCAGCGCCUUCGCCAGCUCCGCCAGCUCCGAGGAGGACCUGCUGGCCAACUGGCAGCGCAUGUUUGUGGACAAGGCUCCCCCCACCUCGGAGCGGGUGCUGAUGAACCGCACGGCUUUCAGCCGGGACACGGCCCCCGAGCUCCAGAAGAGGUUCAGCCGCUCUAUGCAGGAGCUGGGUAGGGCGGCCUCGGUUUAUUCGGAUGGUGAGGAGUCUGCACAGAGCUGCAGCUGGACUGUGAGCCGGGACUCGAGCGUGGAGACGGACAGCACGGAGUCCAGAGCCCGCAGGAGCCAUUUCUCCUCAGACUAUGGUACAGAUUUCUCCCAGGAUGAAGCUCAGAAGCUGUUGCAGGAAAGUGCUGGGGGUACCGCUGAGCCUGGAAGCCCCUCACCGGAGAAGCACAAGGACUAUGUAGACCUUGGCCUGCCUGAGAGCCCAGCUGAGGAGAGAGAAAUGUUGCUCCAGGGAAGCAAGGAGAGCAACCAAGGAGGUGCCCAAGAGGAAAGUGGAGAAGGCAGGGUCAAGCCUCCCUUCAGUCGGCCGCACCGCAGCCCCAAGAGGAUGGGGGUCCACCACUUACAUCGCAAGGACAGUCUGACGCAAGCCCAGGAGCAAGGCAACCUUCUCAGCUGAGGCAGGGCAAGGAGCAGCCACACGCUGCAGAGCUGUGGAAUGCCUCCAUGUGUCCACUUCUGAGGAAGGAACCCCCUUUAGUACCCUCCUCCUGGGGGGCUCUGCUCUGAGAUUUUGUAUUUAUUCUCUUCUUUUGCUACCUGGAAGAGCUGGAGUCCACCUUCCCCAGCACCUCAGACCCACAGUACUAGCACACACAGUGUGCAGAAGCGCACCCACUGCCCUGGCACAGUCGCAGCUCUCUUCACAGCCUCACACUGGUGCCUGUACCGAAGCUCAUUCUUGGUACUCCUCGUCCUGGUGCCUGUGCCUCUUAAUGCUCACAUCUUCCUUUCCCCUUCCCACUCAGGUACCUGAGGCCCUGGGUGCUCUCACGCUGGUUGCCUGCAGCUGCUCUGCUCUCUUUCAACUUGUGCCAACAGGGCAGAGUGCCUGUGUGGUGGUGUCUGAUUCCCUGGGAGCCCCCAGGGGCUGUGAGUGGGGCACCAGGACUCUCCCAGCAGAUGGCUCUGUGCCCCUGGGGAUGUGCUGGGAUUUCUGGUGUCUCAUUUUCCUGCUGGUUUUGUUUUUCCCAGCUGCCCUCUGGGUGGUUCUCCAGAAUCUGCCUCUGCAGGUCCCCAUCACUUGGCUCCUGCAUUGGGCUCAGCAUCCAGGCCCCCCCAGGGCAGUGCAUGGAUGCUGAUGCUGUGGCAUGGGGCAUGGGUGCUGUUUGCUGGGGUGGUUUGGGGGAGGCACCACCUGGGCACUGGGAUCCAUGUUUGUGUGCCCCUCAGACCUUCCCCUGCUCUUCGUGCUGUUGUUUUGUUUGUACGGUGCUGAUGCUUCGCUCUUGGGUGGGCUUGCUUUCUUCUUUCCAAGCCUUUGGUUUUGGGGUGUAUUGUUUUUCCUUUCUCCCCGCCCUGCAUAAACAGACACAGCCGCUGGCAGCCAGUCUGAUGCCUGCACUGAGGGUGUGUUGAGGAGGCUCAGCUUGGAGCUGUGCUUCCCUCUGAUCCUGGCCUCCAACCUGCAGAAACCCCUCCAGACUCAAGAACAAGGUCUCGCUCCAGGCGAUCAAGGUGUGACGGAUGCCACUGGGCUCAGUGCAGGGCUGGCAGGGAUGUGAGGGCAGCUCCCUGUAGACACACUACCUCAUGGCUCAGCAGCAGCCCUUUGCCAGGGGCUCCUCGCACACCCCCUUCUCGGGGGGCUCCAGGCUGGCUCUGGUGCCUCUCUGGGGCCUCCCCUUCUGGAUAGGGCCUCUCUGUGCUUUUCUCCUAGUGUGGUGUGAUAAUGUGUUACUUUUCAUCUC